AUGGACCGCUACGGACACAACAAGGGGCACUACUAUUCGAACGGUCCAGGAGGAACAGGCGGCGGCGGCGGCGGCGGACCCCGUUCCGGACCCAAGAGUCGUUACACCCUGUUCGUGGAAAAUGUCAGCUCCAUGACUCCAAAAAAGGACCUUGUACGAGAGAUGGAACGGAUCGCGGGAACCGUCCUGGCGGCCGCCAAAGAUGAUCGUAAACGUACGGCACUGGUGGAGUUUCGGAGGACCAGCGACGCUGACUACGCGUAUCGUAAGGCCCACGGGGUCCGAAUGGACGGUCGGAGGUGGGAGGUGCGGUGGGCUUCCCGUGACGACUUCCGGGACUUUGGCUGGAAGUGGACGGAGGGCGGGUACGAGAGUGAUGAGGACGAUCGUGACACGGGACAUUACAACAAUACCACCUCUCCAGUCACCCGGGAUCGGAGCAGCUGCCUAUCGCCAAACUGCGAAACCGUGUCCUUGGGCCACCCGCCUGAGUUGUCCGUCGGCCGGUCCGCGCGGCACCUUUACGCUACCGGUGUGUACCACAGGUCGAAAGAAGCUGCGGAUAUAAGAUAUAAGAUUGCGCCUAGCUCGGUCACACUGGGCCACGCACAACUUCAAGCCAAGGCACCCAGCAACAAAGUGCACCCGAUGGCACCAAAAAUGGCUUCAAUCGUGGUCGAUACCUACGAAACAAUAUACAGCUUAAAACUUGCCAAGUAUUUCGAGCGCCUAUCGGCAUCACCAGGAACCGGUCCCAACUGCGCCGGCCACCUGCGAAAAGCUCCGUCAGCACCAUCUUCCCCGCGACACACAGAUCUCUCAGCCGCUAACAUUUCAGAUGGUAGCAAUCAACAUAUUGAAUCGAUCCUGACCGCACAGCAGCAGUCGCUACUAUCGCCCUCUCCACGCCUCGCAGAGUCGGAGUAUUGCCUUCGGUCAGCCAACAUUGCCGACGACGACGAGAAUAGUGCCGACAGCGACGCAUUCAACCGCUACAGCAAGAACAUUAUCAAUACCAACAUCAAUAUGAGCUCUACUAAUGACAGCAAGACCGGCAGCAGUAGCAGCAGCAGCGGCCCCUGCUUAGGCGGCUGCGCCGUUCGCUCCGGAAGCAACCCCACCUCCUGCACCAGCAGAAGCAACCUCGCUACCGUGCACUCCGCAGCCAGCCCCAACCCCAUCGCCCCCACCCCGACCAGCAACUGCGACCUACAGCCAGACUCCCUCUCCCCAUCCCCAUCCCCGAGCCCUCGGUUGCCCCAUACAAAAACUCCGCGCAGCAGCGGCAGGAAUGGCAGUAACGGCAGCGGUAACCACCCAUCGCACGAGAAUCAGAAUCAGAACCUGUUCUUGACACGGCCCCGUAAGCACCUGGGCGCUCACCACAUUGAGCUUCGCGAGGAGGAGGUUGAGGAGGAGGAAGAAGAGGAGGUCCUGCCUUCGGAAAUCGCAGGGCAGCAGCAGCAGCAGCAGCAGCAAAACCACCACCACCACCACCACCAACAACAACAACAACAGCGGACGGCGGGUGGCAUCAGCCGCAGCAGACGACCCCCUCUCUCCCAGGGGACUACUACCAGCGCCUCCAAGACGCCCACCGCCACCGCAGCGCCCGCAGCUGGAUUCGAGCGGCCGUCGCUACCGCUGAUCUCGGUGCUGCUCUGCUCGCCCCGCGAUGGCGUUGAGGCGGCGGUGAAAAAGGUCUUGGACAAGGGCGCAGACGCAGACGCGGACCGGGGCCAAAGCCAAGGCCCGAGUGCGGGUGAGGAUGCGGGUGCGGGUGCGGGUGUCCCGCACCUGCCCCUGGAGUACGAGGCGCUAAUGGAGGCGCACAUGGACGACCUGAUCGCCCGGGGCCUUAUCCACUGGACCCCGGAGCAGCUUGUAGAAGACGCCCUGCAGCGGGCCUUCUUCUCACCAGCCGCCUCCUCCUUACCCUCACCUUGCUGCUCCGCCGCCUCCUCCUCCUCAACCUCCGCCGCCUCCUCCUCCUUCGACUCCUCCUCCUCCACCGCCUCCUCGUCCUCCGCCGGCGCCGCCGCCGCCGCUGCUGCCGCCUCACCAUCAGCGACAGCGGCAGACAAAAAAGGAGCAGUAGCAGCAGCCCCGACGGGGGUGGAAGCGGGGGCGGCGGCGGUGGUGGUGGUCCAAGACUUGGAGUUUGCCGCGGGGGCAACGCGGGGCAAUGCCCGCGGCGGUCCAAUUCCAGGGAAGCCAGCGGCCCUCGGGUGCCGGCUGGGGCUGUGCGGCAUGGGGCUUUUCGGGGGCUGCAAGCUACGUGGCAGUGUCGAAGAUGGUGUGUGA